UCCUUGUAACCCGUUCAUAUUCUAUAAUAACUUGCUUGACACUCACACGUACAGUACAGGGCACAAAAGUUCAUCCUACCGGUAAACCACAAGGAGCAAAACGAAUCUUUUAGUUUCUGCUAGUUACACUUUUAUGACGCCAUGGUAGUCCCCGAACAAGGCCAGGCAAGGAAAAAGCGUCGCUCGAAUGGAAGCGCGGAUGCGCACGCGGCGGCUGAAAAGCGUAAGCAGAUAGAUGCUGAGCGUCGGCAGCUCCCAGCCUGGGCGGCUCGGGACAGGCUGCUUGAAUUGCUGCAGCAGCAUCGCACCCUGGUUCUGGUGGGAGAGACGGGGUCCGGCAAGACUACGCAAAUUCCGCAAUUUCUGCUCAACGCACGCUUUGGUCCGACAAAGUCCGGGUCGGCAGCGACUGCCGCAACCAACGGCCCGGCUGCAGCAGCAACGGAGGAGGGGCAGGCGCCGCAGCCGGCAAGCACGAGUGGUCGGAACCACAACGGCAGCGGCAACGUCAUAGCCGUGACGCAGCCUCGUCGAGUGGCCGCCAUGACGGUCGCUAGGCGUGUGGCGGAGGAGAUGGGCACGCCUCUGGGGCAGCAGGUGGGUUACGCCAUCCGUUUCGAGGACAUCACCUCCCCCUCCACCCGCAUCAAGUACCUCACGGACGGUCUGCUGCUGCGGGAGGCCCUCUUGGAUCCGCUGCUGAGCAGGUACCGAGUGGUGAUCAUCGACGAGGCCCACGAGCGGACGGUGCACACCGACGUGCUGUUUGGGCUGCUCAAGGGGGUGCAGGCUCGUCGCGGCGACGACUUCCGCCUCAUCGUCAUGUCCGCCACCCUGGACGCGGCCCGCUUCGUGGACUACUUCCCCGGGGCGGUGGCGGCGCUCAUUCGGGGGAGGCAGUUCCCGGUGCAGGUGAUGUACACGGCUCGCCCGGAGGACAACUACCUGGAUGCGGCGAUCAACGCAACGCUGCAGGUGCAUGCUGACGAGGGCGAGGGCGACAUCCUGGUGUUCCUGACGGGGCAGGACGAGAUCGACUCGGCGGAGCGGCUGCUGAAGGACCGGUUAGCUGCCUUGCCUCGGUUCGACGGAACCGCCCCGGGUGCGGGUGCGGGCGGUGGUGAGGGAGGCACGAGCGGAGGUGCGGAAGAGGGCGCUGCUGCUGCUGUUGCAGCUGCUGGUGCUGCUGCCUCUCGUCGGGAGCUGUUGGUGCUGCCCAUCUACGCCGCACUCCCGCCGGAGCAGCAAAUGAAGGUGUUCGAGCCCGCACCACCCAGCUUCCGGAAAGCCAUCCUCGCCACCAACAUUGCGGAAACCUCCAUCACCAUCCCCGGAGUCAGGUUUGUGAUCGACACGGGCCACGUGAAGUCUCGCGACUACAACGCGAGGUUGGGGCUGGAGUCGCUGGCGGUGGUGCCGGUGUCGCAGGCCCAAGCCCGCCAGCGCAGCGGUCGCGCGGGUCGUGAGGGCCCCGGCAAGGCCUACCGGCUGUACACGGAGGCGGACUUUGGGCAGCUGGAGGCAACCACCCCGCCCGAGAUCACCCGCUGCAACCUGAGCAGCGUGGUGCUGCAACUCAAGGCCAUGGGUAUCGACGACGUGGUCAACUUUGACUUCAUGGACCCGCCACCCAAGACCGCCGUGCUCAGGUCCUUGGAGCUGCUCUACGCCCUAGGCGCGCUGGACCCCGCCGGCAAGCUCACUCCCGGCAUCGGCGCCCGCCUGGCUCGACUGCCCGUGGACCCCAUGUACGGACGUGUGCUGCUGGCGGCUGCGGAGAUGGGGUGCGGAGUGGAGGCGGUGGCGGUGGUGGCUAUGGUGGCGGCGGAGAAUGUGUUUCACAUGCCCAGGCAGAAGGAGCGCGAGUGGCGUGCCGCGAGGCUCAAGUUUGUGUCACGUGAGGGCGACCACAUCACGCUUCUACACGUGUUCCGAGGGUUCAGGGAAAUACCCAAGGAGAACAACAAGGCGCGAACCACCUGGUGCUCCGACAACUUCAUCAACAUCAGGGCCUUGCGCAAGGCAGAGGACAUCUACGACCAGUUGGUCCGCUGCCUGGGUCACCCCUCCCCGCCAGGACUGGGUCUGCCGCUCUCCUCCUGCAUGGGGGGCCUAGCAUCCGCAACAGCAGCAGCGGGGGGGUUGGCAGGAGUGGGGGGAGGCGGUGGCGGGACGGAGGACACCACCCCGCUACGGAGGGCUCUGACGGCGGGGCUGUUCCCGCACGCGGCCAGGUUGCAGCCGGACGGGUCGUACCGGGUGAUUGCAACCGGGAGACAGGUUUUCCUUCACCCCAGCUCCGUGCUCUUGGAGCGCAAGCCCGACUGCCUGGUUUUCAACGAACUAAUGCACACCACCCGCACAUACGCCCGGGAGGCACUUGCGAUUGAGGCGCGCUGGUUGCCUGAACUGGCACCCGCCUUCUUCGCCGCCAAGGCAGGAGCAGCGGUGGGGGCGGCCUCAUGAAGGGGGGCUUCCUGGGGAUCAUUUUGGGUUGGAGUUGAGGGUUGGGGCUGCGAAGCUGGGAUUUGUGUAUGGUAUGCGGCGUGCUGGCUGUUUGCGGGGAUGGAACCCGCGCAACAAUUUACUGCCAAGGCAGGGACUGUCAGCUGAGGCAGGGUUGGACUGAUGCAUGGGUGCCGUAGGCGGGAGGGCGGGAUAGGGGGUAGGCGGGAAGUGCUGCGGUGGGCAAAGGAAGUGGCUGCGGUGGGCGUGGGUGUUAAGAAAGCUGGCCGCGGGGAGCAAGGUACUGCGAUGUGGGUGCGAGCGGGUUGCAUGCUGCUGCAUGGCUGGCUUUACGUGAUGACGCGCGUACAUGACUUCUUUUGGACUUGUAUUAGGUGAGUUAUUUUACUGGAUGUAGUUUGGUGGGUUUGUUGUUUGGAAAGGUUGAAGGUGGCUGGGCAUGGCGAUGAAGGGAGCGCUGGGGUUUGAUGAAAGUGAUGUGACAUGGCCACAUAUCGGUACGGUUUGAUGCUGCUGCGUGUGCGGCAACAGGGGUGGGUGAGAGUUGACAGGGGGUUCACUUACCAUGAGUGAAUGCUACGGAAUGGAAUGUGCAACAUGGUUACUGCCCAACACCGUCCAUUGCUU